UUGUGCCAAGGAUACGCCUCCAUCUUUACGGAAUUACGUUUUGGAUACGAUCUUCUCUGCCCGCCCGGUCCUACCGUUCGCACGGUAGGUCUAGUAAGCAAUAAAUUGAUUUGUGUUCUGUGCACGAAGGGAAAGUACGUGCGAAGAUUCUAGACAGUAUGAUGAUGGCAAACCUACCCCCCGUUAUGCUGCCACCCCUUACCGACUAUGGGAUGCUGACUCCUACCCUCGGAAUAAAGGUGAGUGUCCCGGAAUUCCAGUACGCUCGAGGGACAGGCGCGUCCCUGACGAUGAGGGGUAGCGACGAACUUUUGUCGCAAAGCGGAGCAGUUAGCAAUGGUGCUGCAAUGAGUCCACAACCACAUCACGCGGCCGACAACAAUAAUGACGCCAAGAAGGUUAAAUUGGACAAAAGCCACAACGGCAAACCUUCAAGGGUUAUUCACAUCAGAAAUAUCCCAAAUGAGGUGUCAGAGGGUGAAAUCAUCCACCUUGGUGUACCCUUCGGUCGCGUCACCAAUGUCCUCGUUCUCAAAGGCAAGAAUCAGGCAUUUCUGGAAAUGGCGGAUGAAAAUGCUGCGGCAACGAUAGUGAGCUAUUAUGCGUCGUGUAUCGCUCAGCUUCGAGGCAGACCGGUUUACGUGCAGUUCAGUAAUCAUCGGGAACUGAAAACGGAUCAAACGCAUGCCAAUAAUGCGAACUCGAACAACCAAGUCGCACUUCCGGGACAAAACCAGGUAGCACAGACGCAAGCAGAGACCCAGGGUGGUCCCAAUACGGUUCUCAGAGUCAUCGUCGAACAGAUGGUUUACCCAAUUUCCUUGGACGUGCUCUAUCAGAUAUUCACGCGUUUUGGCAAGGUCCUCAAAAUCGUCACCUUCACGAAGAACAGUACUUUCCAGGCACUAAUACAGUACGCGGACAUGCUGUCAGCGCAAACCGCUAAACUUUCGCUGGAAGGACAGAACAUCUACAACUCGUGUUGCACGUUACGCAUCGAUUACAGCAAGAUGCAAAACUUGAACGUGAAAUACAACAACGAUAAGUCGAGGGAUUACACCAACCCUUCUCUGCCAACUGGUGACGCGAACUUAGACGCGGCAUCCCUUGCUCUCGGGGGGGAACUUCUUCCACAACUGUUGAUGGGUGCUGGAUCGCAACCGCGAGCUAGAAUACCCGUAGAGUCCAUUGCAGGGGCACCGGGUGUGCUGCCCACGCCCUUCGCGGCCAUGCACGGUCUGCCCUCGCCCUUGGCGGGGCCUUACAACGGUGUGCCACCAGCUGGAGGGUUGGCUGGACUCGGUGGGUUCCCUCUGGGUGCGGCUGGUCUCGGGGUGCGUGUGCCUACGAACGCGCAAACGUCGGCGGUCUUACUCGUCAGUAAUUUGAACGAAGAGAUGGUCACGCCUGACGCUCUCUUUACCCUGUUUGGCGUUUACGGGGAUGUACAGCGUGUGAAGAUACUCUACAACAAGAAGGACUCGGCACUCAUUCAGAUGGCCGAACCUCAUCAAGCUCACCUAGCAUUGACACACAUGGACAAAUUGAGAGUAUUCGGAAAGCAGAUCAAGGUGAUGCUGAGCAAACAUCAGACGGUUCAAUUGCCGAAGGAAGGUCAACCCGAUGCCGGUUUGACGAAGGAUUACACCAAUAGUCCUCUUCAUCGAUUCAAGAAACCGGGCUCGAAGAACUACCAGAAUAUUUACCCACCGAGUGCCACACUGCACUUAUCGAAUAUUCCAACUACCGUAACCGAGGAGGAAAUUAGAGAUGCAUUUACCAAGAACGGUUUCACUGUAAAAGCAUUUAAGUUCUUUCCGAAAGAUAGAAAAAUGGCGCUCAUACAAAUGCCUAGCAUGGACGAUGCUGUCGCUGCUCUGAUCAAAAUGCACAAUUACCAGCUGAGCGAGUCCAACCACCUGAGAGUGUCAUUCUCCAAGAGCAACAUCUAACAAGAGUCACAAUCAAACGACCGGCAGUGGUACCCGCCCUACGCCCUAGUCCCCUUUUGGUCGCCCGGCUCAGUGUACGACUGAUGAUCCUCGGUAUGGGUGCCGUCAUUCGUUGGUUUCUACCAAUGACUGGCCACCCUGUGGAUCGACCACUUGGCUCGAGAACGAAGGAAAAUUUCCUUCGGUCAAGAAGCAUACACAGGUUCCUGUCCUCGAGCUAAAACCUCGACGGCACGAACGUGCCGUGCUGCUCCGUGUUGGGUGCAGUCCACCGUAUCCAAUUUCUAUUUCUUCGCGUCAACCGUCUACACACACAUACACACACACACAGAAUGUUCACACACGAGCGAACGAAAUAUCAUUUAAGGGCUGCGGCAUCAGCCCCAGAGGGUCGGCGAAAGCGUAAGGGCACCGCACCACCCACUGCUUUCGAGACACUGGUGCUGGCUUCUUUCGAUCAGAGACAUAGCCAGAGAGAAAGAGAGAGGAGAGACUAUUUUAGAGGCGUGUGUGACGUGUCUCCCUUUGUUGGGUAGGAGUAUUUCGAAGGGAGAGGCUAGGUUAAAAAAUGGGUACGAAGAGGCGCUCUUGUACAGAGUUAAUCUUUAAAAGUUAAGGUAUAUUAUAUAUAUACAUAUAUAUAUAUAUAUACAUAAAAAAUAUAUAUUAUAUAUUUUACGAGCGUAACGCUAGCCGGACGCAGCGGAAUGACGAGCCGCGCGUAAUCAUACACCCGGCGACCAUAUACACACAGACAUACAGACACACACGCGCUCGCGCGAGAGUGACGGCGUUAAAGUGAAAUGAUUUUUAAAGAAUUCGCGGGACCCCAGUCCCCCUGUCAGGUCGAUCUUUCCCCGGACGCGCACACGCG